UUUGACAUUUGUGCUGCUUUUUCGUCUGCGUUUUUUUUAUUGUGACACUGCAAGCGACGUUUAUUGUGUGUUAAUUUUAGUUAAAUUCAUUUUUAGCAUAUAAUUUAGUUAUUUAAUUUAUUACAAUGGCUGAAUUCUUGGACUCCGAAGCCGCCGAAUCGGAGGAUGAGGAAGAAUUAGAUGUGCAUGAAAGGAAAAAACUAAAGAAACUAAAAGCCGCCGUCUCCGACAGCAGCGAAGAAGAAGAAGAUGACGAGGAGCGUUUGCGUGAGGAGCUUAAGGAUCUAAUUGAUGACAAUCCCAUUGAAGAGGAUGAUGGCAGCGAAAAUGAUUCUGAUACUGGCAGUGGAGGCGAUGACGAUGGUGGCAGUGGCAAGAAGCGUAAAAAGCACGAAGAUGAUGAUCUAGAUGAUCGCUUAGAGGACGAUGAUUACGAUCUGAUUGAGGAGAAUUUGGGCGUCAAGGUCGAAAGACGCAAACGUUUUAAACGCCUGCGACGCAUUCAUGACAACGAAAGCGAUGGCGAGGAGCAGCACGUGGAUGAAGGACUUGCACGCGAGCAAAUUGCCGAGCAGUUAUUCGAUGAGAAUGAUGAUCAAAGCAUUGAGCGACGCAGCGAGCGCAGCAUUCGAGAGGCGGACACCUUUGAUGAUGAGGACAGCGAAUCGGAUGCUGAUGAUUUUAUAGUGGAUGACAAUGGUCGCCCUAUAGCCGAAAAGAAAAAGAAGCGUCGACCCAUAUUUACAGAUGCCUCUCUGCAGGAGGGUCAAGACAUCUUUGGAGUUGAUUUUGACUACGAUGAUUUCUAUAAGCCCGAAGAAGAUGAAUACGAGGAAGAAUCCGAGGGUGAUGAGUAUGAUGAGGAUCUGCUUGGUGGCGAUGAUUUUCGUGCGGCCAAAAAGAAGAAGUCACCGAAAAAGAAGGCAAUCAAAAAGACCAUCUUCGAUAUAUACGAGCCAAGUGAAUUGAAACGUGGCCAUUUCACUGACUUGGACAAUGAGAUACGAAAAACGGAUAUACCGGAACGGAUGCAAUUGCGUCAGGUGCCGGUAACAGCGGUGCCCGAAGGAUCCCAUGAACUGGACGACGAGGCCGAUUGGAUAUAUCGGUUCGCGUUCUGCAAACAGACGGUGUCCGAGCAGGAGAAGGCGGACAACCGAGAGAAGAUGCGUAAACCGCCAACGGCUGUGAAUAAAAUCAAACAGACUUUAGAAUUCAUACGUAAUCAACAGUUGGAGGUGCCAUUUAUAGCAUUCUAUCGCAAAGAGUACGUUAAGCCGGAGCUAAACAUUGAUGAUCUAUGGAAGGUUUACUACUAUGAUGAGCGUUGGUGCCAGCUAAACGAUCGGAAAAGGAAGCUGAAGCAACUGUUUGAGAAGAUGCGACAAUUUCAAUUGGAAACUCUUUGUGAUGAUCCAGAUAAACCGUUGCCGGAUGAUGUACGCCUGAUGCUCGAUAGCGAUUUUGAACGCUUGAGCGAUGUGCAAUCGAUGGAGGAGCUGAAGGAUGUCCAUAUGUAUUUUCUGCUCAAUUAUUCACAUGAAUUGCCCAAAAUGCAGGCCGAACAGCGACGCAAACAGCUGCAAGAGCGACGAGAGGCGAGGGCACGCAAACAAGCAACAGCUGCAGCAGCUGCCGCUGGCAGUGAUGGCGAAUCUGGCGUUGAUCUUACUGAAAAACUUGAUAUGGUAGAGCUCGAUGAGGCCGAGGAGUUGGAGUUGGCAGCUGAAGAGCAAUUGAAACAGGCACCAAAUAGCAGUCCCUAUGCUGUAUUUCGUAAAGCCGGCAUUUGUGGCUUUGCUAAACAUUUCGGCCUGACGCCCGAACAGUUUGCCGAAAAUCUACGGGACAAUUAUCAAAGGAAUGAAGUUAACCAGGAGAGCUUAAGUCCCACAGAGAUGGCCAAGCAGUAUUUGUCGCCGCGAUUCAUGACCGUCGAUGAAGUGCUGCAUGCUGCCAAAUACGUUGUGGCCAGGCAGCUGGCACAGGAGCCCCUGUUGCGUAAAACAAUGCGUGAGGUAUACUUUGACCGGGCACGCAUUAAUAUACGACCCACAAAGAAUGGCAUGGUCCUAAUCGAUGAGAACUCCCCAGUCUAUUCGAUGAAAUAUGUUGCCAAGAAACCGGUCGGUGAUCUAUUCGGUGAUCAAUUCAUAAAGCUUCUGAUGGCCGAGGAGGAGAAACUGUUGGAGAUCAAGUUCCUCGAUGAAUUCGAGGGCAAUGCGAACGCAAACGGUCCGCCUGGUGACUAUGUUACAGAGGCCACACAGCUCUAUCAUCUGGAUCAGUUUGCCAAAAAUGUGCUUGAGUGGAACGCACUGCGUGCUGAAUGCGUUCAGUUGGCGUUGAAGAAAUGGGUCAUACCCGAUCUAAUCAAAGAGCUGCGUGCAACGUUGCACGAGGAGGCGCAACAAUUUGUUCUACGCUCGUGCAUAGCCAAGUUAUAUAAAUGGCUAAAGGUGGCGCCGUAUAAGCCCGAGAUGCCGCAGCAUCAUAAUUUCGAAGAGUGGAGCACAUUGAGGGGCAUACGAGCCAUGGGUUUGGCCUACGAUCCGGACCAAUCGGUGGCUGCCUUCUGUGCCAUAGCCAGUCCGGAAGGCGAUAUCUCUGACUACUUACGAUUGCCUAGCAUACUCAAACGUAAGAAUUCCUACAAUAACGAAGAAAAGGCACAAAAAUUGGCCGAUUUGCGUAAAUUGAGCGAUUUCAUCAAGAUGAAGAAGCCACACAUUGUGGUAAUUGGCGCCGAGUCGCGAGAUGCACAGAUGAUCCAAACGGACAUACGUGAGAUACUCAAAGACUUGGAAGCCAAUGAACAAUUCCCGCCCAUUGAGGUGGAGAUCAUUGACAAUGAACUGGCCAAGAUCUAUGCCAACUCGAAGAAGGGCGAAACUGACUUUAAGGAAUAUCCACCUUUGCUUAAGCAAGCUGCCUCGUUGGCGCGCAAAAUGCAGGAUCCAUUGGUUGAGUACUCGCAAUUGUGCGAUGCCGACGACGAGAUACUCUGCCUGCGCUAUCAUCCACUGCAGGAGCGUGUGCCGCGCGAGCUACUGCUGGAGCAAUUGAGCUUGGAGUUCAUCAAUCGCACCAGCGAAGUGGGCUUGGAUAUCAAUUUAAUGGUACAGAAUUCACGUACUGUCAACCUACUUCAAUAUAUUUGUGGACUGGGUCCUAGAAAGGGUCAGGCGUUGCUCAAGCUGCUCAAGCAGAGCAACCAGCGGCUCGAGAAUCGUACGCAAUUGGUAACGGUUUGUCAUCUGGGCCCAAAGGUCUUCAUCAAUUGCAGUGGCUUCAUCAAGAUCGAUACCAGUUCACUGGGCGAUAGCACGGAGGCGUAUGUGGAGGUGCUGGAUGGGUCGCGUGUCCAUCCGGAAACAUAUGAAUGGGCGCGCAAGAUGGCCAUCGAUGCCAUGGAAUAUGAUGAUGAGGAAACAAAUCCAGCUGGGGCCCUCGAGGAGAUCCUUGAAUCACCAGAAAGACUCAAAGAUUUGGACCUGGAUGCAUUUGCCGUCGAGCUGGAACGUCAGGGAUUUGGCAGCAAAAGCAUUACGCUCUAUGACAUACGCAAUGAGCUCAGCUGCUUGUACAAGGAUUACCGAUCUAGCUACCAGAAGCCCAGCUCCGAGGAGCUCUUCGAUAUGCUAACGAAAGAGACACCGGACUCAUUUUAUGUGGGCAAAUGCGUGACGGCUAUGGUGACAGGAUUUACGUAUCGGCGUCCACAAGGCGAGCAGCUGGAUAAUGCAAAUCCUGUGCGCAUCGACGAUUCCGAUAGCUGGCAAUGUCCAUUCUGCCACAAGGAUGAUUUUCCGGAACUCUCCGAUGUCUGGAAUCACUUCGAUGAUAACAAUUGUCCAGGCCAGGCGUCCGGAGUGCGUGUUCGCCUAGAGAAUGGCUUGCCUGGCUUCAUACACAUCAAGAAUCUGUCCGACAAACAGGUGCGCAAUCCGGAGGAACGUGUCCGAGUCGCACAGACAAUCCAUGUCCGCAUCAUUAAGAUCGAUAUUGAUCGCUUCUCUGUCGACUGCAGUUCCAAAUCGGCUGAUCUUAAGGAUGUCAACAAUGAGUGGCGACCCAGGCGCGAUGCCUUCUACGAUUUCGUCACCGAGGAGCUGGACAAUCGCAAAGUGACGGAUGCCAAGGCGAAAGCGAUGAAACGUAAAACCUAUGCCAGACGUGUCAUAGCACAUCCGAGUUUCUUCAACAAGUCCUAUGCGGAGGUCAUUGCUAUGCUCGCCGAGGCGGAUCAGGGCGAGGUGGCUCUGCGGCCCAGCAGCAAGUCCAAGGAUCAUUUGACAGCCACGUGGAAGGUGACCGACGACAUCUUCCAGCACAUCGAUGUGCGCGAGGAGGGCAAAGAGAACGAGUAUAGCCUGGGACGCAGUCUGUGGAUUGGCACCGAAGAGUUCGAGGAUCUCGAUGAAAUCAUCGCACGGCACAUCAAUCCCAUGGCUCUGGCUGCCCGGGAGCUAAUACAAUACAAAUACUAUAAGCCGAAUACGGCGCCAGCGAAUGUGAAUGAGCGCGAUUUCAUGGAGCAGCUGUUGCGCGAUGAGAAGGCGCGUGAUCCGAAGAAAAUCCAUUACUUCUUCACUGCCUCGAAGAGUAUGCCAGGCAAGUUUCUAUUGUCUUACCUGCCCAAGACGAAGGUGCGGCAUGAAUAUGUCACCGUUAUGCCGGAGGGCUACCGGUUUCGUGGCCAAAUCUUUGACACAGUCAGCAGCUUACUGCGCUGGUUCAAGGAGCAUUGGCUAGAUCCAACUGCAGCCAUGUCCAGUUCGAUGAGUGCCACGCCCGCCAGUAAUACGCCCACAAAUGCGCACAAUAUGAUGCGUCCGCCGCCCACAUCGGCGCUCAGCUCAAUUGGCGGCGGUGGUGGCAGCAGCGGAGGAGCUGCUGGAUUCAGUAGCUCGGGCAGCAUGACUGGUGGUACACCACGCAGCGGCAUUAGCAGCAGCGAUAUGCGCACCUCCAGCGCCUACUCAGUAACGCAUUCCAUUGGAGGAUCAGGUGGUGGUGGCGCUGGAGCUGGUGGCUAUAGCAGCGGUAGCGGCAGCAGCUCCAACUUGGGCCUCAUCAAUACCGCUGGCCUGGGUCACUUCGGCAGCGGCACGCCCACCUUUGGCGCGCACAUCAAUACGCCGUAUACUCCGAGCGGUCAAACACCAUUUAUGACGCCCUAUACGCCGCAUGCAACACAAACGCCACGCUAUGGCCAUAAUGUUCCAAGUCCCAGCUCCCAGUCGAGCAGCAGUCAGCGGCAUGGCCAUUAUGGUGGCACGCCACGCUACUAUGACAAUGUCUAUAACAGCGGCAAUCUGUCGCAGCAGCAACAGCAUUCACAUUCACAGCAGCAACAUCCUCAUUUGCAGCAGCAUCAGCAUCAGCAGCAUCAUCAUCAUCUGCAUCAGCAGCAACGUGCCAAGGAGAAUCUGGACUGGCAGCUGGCGAACGAUUCGUGGGCGCGUCGUAAGCCCCAACAUCAGCAUCAGCACCAACACCAACACCAGCAUCAACAUCAACAGCAGCAACAGUCACAGCAGCAGCAACAACUCGGCUUGGCCAUGACCAUGGGUCUUGGCUAUGGCAGCGGCGGUGGAGGCAGCGGCAGUGGCGCCGGCUCCACGCCCACCAAUGAGUAUCAUACGAGCAGCAGCUCGAGUCGCAGUUCUGCUGCAGCUGCCGCUGCUGCUGCUGCUGCUGCUAUUUCUGGUGGUGCUGGUGGUGGUAUCUCUUCCAAGUCUUCGGUGCGCAGCACGCCGCGCACAAACACCUCACCGCACUCCAUGAACUUGGGCGACUCGACGCCCCUCUAUGAUGAGAACUAGGACUCGGUGCUUCUGUGUUUGUGUGGGUGCGUGUUUGUCUGUGUAUUUGAUCUGGAUUUAAUUAUAUAUGUAUACAUAAGUAAUAAGUAUAUUACUCUGUACACUCACAAAUUAAGCAAAAAUGGAAACUCAACGCAAAAACAACCCUAAGCAUUAAAAAAGCAUUAAAUAAAUAACUACAC